AAAUCAGGUGAAGACAGAGAAAACCAUAAUCUUGAAAAAAUGUUUCUCAUCAAACCUUUUCUCCACUGAGUUUCUGUUCUGGUUUGCCCUUGAAAAUUUCCAUUCAUACUCUCAAUUAUGUCCCUCUCUUUUUUCCUUCAAUUUACACACAGAACACACACUAGCACAAAUUGCUAGUAGUUUGCCUAUCUUGUUUGACAUACAUGGUCCUCUGCCAAAUUCUUGAUAUUCUCGACAAUAUAGUUCCAUUUACAACCAACCAAACAAAAGUUGUAUUUUCUGCAGAUUAUUUGUCUUUGCUGUCUGUUUAAUUAUCAGAGUCUACAGAAAAGAGGUAGGUGACCUGCAAAUUAAGACAUUUAUUCCCUGAUAAUUCUCCUUCUGUCACCUUCUUUCCUUACAGUUCGAUAUGUCUUUGAAUGAUAUGUCCAGAAAUUUUUAGUUGUUCCCUUCUCAUUUCUGCCUGCCUGACUUCUAGCAGAAGGGCUUGAAUUUGUCCUCUGAAGAUUUCAGAAACAUGUUUCUUGGCUGGUUCUUUUAGAUUUUCUUGAAUUCUGAUUGCAUUAGUUUUGGCCCUCUACAUGUUAGCUUUUGGUCCUUUUAUACGAGCCAAGAUCUUGAAAGUUGUAGCUUUUGCUGUUGCGAUACUCUUGAAGAAAAUUUUAGAAGAGCCCUUGUUUUGAAUUCUCAUCCAUGGGCAGAAUUAGCCCAGUUGUUCUCUUGGUUAUAGUGAUUCUAGCUAUUGGCUUCUUCAUACUUGGCCUACUCCAGCUUCUCAUCAGAUGCCUGUUCAAGAGGCCAUCAUUUUCUUCAAUUUCACAGUCCAAUAGACUCACAGAUGCAUCCGGUUCCCACACAUUUCAGAGGCAAUUGCAGCAGCUCUUCCGGUUGCACGAUUCUGGUCUUGACCAGGCUUUGAUUGAUGCUCUGCCAGUCUUCUACUAUAAGGACAUAGUGGGGUUAAAGGAACCAUUUGAUUGUGCUGUUUGUCUGUGUGAGUUUUCGGACGGUGACAAGCUUAAGUUUCUUCCCAAUUGUAGUCAUGCCUUUCAUGUUCAUUGUAUAGAAACAUGGCUGUUGUCAAACUCAACAUGCCCUUUAUGCAGAAGCUUCAUUGGUUCUUGGAAUCCUAUGGAAAGCCCCAUGUUCAAUUUCGAUCAUGCAAUCGAUCAAUGGAGUUUAUCUUGUCCUGAUGGGGGCAACGACUCGUCUUCCUCCAGCCGUUGGCCGGGAAUUUCGCAAGAAAAUGCUGGUCCAGCAGGGAUAUUUUCUGUUCGGCUAGGAAAGUUCAGAAGCUCGAAUGAAGGAGUAGAAAGUGAAGAAAAACGAAAAAAUGAGGUUAGCAGCUGCGGUAGUAGUAUUGAUGCUAGAAGAUGUUAUUCUAUGGGUGCAUUCCAGUACAUAGUUGCUGAUGCGAAUCUGCAAGUCGCGUUAUCAAGGGAAAUUGGUGUUAGUAUGAAAGCAAUAGUUCGAUACAAUAAGGAGCAAUUUGCCAAUAAUACAGAUAUGGAUACAAAGAAGAUUAAUCCUAGGAGUAGAGGUGAUAGUUUCUCUGUUUCCAAGAUCUGGCUCUGGUCCAAGAAAGGCAAAUUUCCAAGUUCUUCGGAUACAAAUGAAAACAUCACACCACCUAUGCCUAAAGGAAGUAAUUUAGUGUGAAAGUGCUUCUUCUGAUCUGAUAUU